AUGCGUGUCUCGCAAGGCCACUUGGUGUUUUUCUCUUUGGUCGCUGCCUCAGUGGCAGCCAUCCGACUCGAGAAAAGAGCAACUGUUCCAGCGUUUGUUCGUCAGUUCGCUCCGGUGGUGUUUCUCGAUUCCACGGAAGCAUACCUUCCCAGUUCCAUCGCCGCACAAGUGGCGAACACUCAUCCUGAGGAUUUCGCCGGACGAAAUAUCUCUACGCCCGCCCCUUUGACCUUGGCCAAUCUCAACAGCCUCGAUACCUUCGGGAGCAACGGUAGCAACGUCACUCUGACUUCCGACCAAGGCAUCCGUGCCCUGCCUUCGUGGUUCAACGGCGCGAAACCCAACGCCAAUGGCUCUUUACCCGGCAACACAACGGCCACCGCCGUCGUGACCGUGAGCAAACCCAACAACAUCCUCGACGCGUUUUUCUUCUUCUUCUACGCAUACAACCGCGGCGACUGGAUCUUUGGACUCCCCGUCCUCGAGCUGGGCGACCACGUCGGCGACUGGGAACACGUGAUGGUGCGGUUUCAGAACUCGACUCCUCAAGCCAUGUGGUACAGCCAGCACUCGUCGGGUCAGGCGUUCACAUUCAGCACGGUCCAAAAGUUCAACAACGGGUCGCGACCGAUCGUGUACAGCGCCAACGGCACCCACGCAAACUACGCUAUUCCGGGCCCCCAUCCGCUCAACAUCACCGGUCUCAACCUGGGCACCGGCCUGCCCAUCCCCCCCGUGACCGACCAGACCAGUCGGGGCAUUUUCUGGGAUCCCCUGGACAACGCGUUCUUCUACCAAUUCGACAACUCGACGCAACAAUUCACCGCCUAUAACGGCAUCGACCCUACGGGAUGGUUGAAUUUCAACGGCAUCUGGGGUGAUUUGCAACUGCCCAUCAACACCCCGGGCCAGGUCGACCUGCUGGGACAGAUCAAGUACGUGAGCGGACCCACGGGGCCUAAAUUCAAGGGCCUGGGGAGAGUCAACGUGUGCAAUACAGCCACCAACGGUAGCUGUCCCAUCCUGACUUCGCUGAGUGCUGCAUGA